AACUGAGUUGACAAAAAAAAUGUUUUAUUACAACUUUCCAUGAAAGUGCAUUACCAAAAAUGGGUUUCGUAUUUAAAGGAAGAUUCAUUUCAAUUUGUUCUUCAUUUUGUGUUCUGCCCUUCUAUCGAUUCUUCAUUCGUUUUUCUCGAAUAAUCUGUUCUCCAAUUCACUGUAAUUCAUCUAAUCUUUCGCAUCAAGUCUUCCAAGAAUAAUCACAAAGGAAUUGUAUGCUAUGCGUUGAUCUUAUUUAUGCUCUUUCUCUGUUUCUCCCUUUUUUCUCUCUCAAUUUCAUCCAUACUCUGUUUUCAUCCUCACAAAAAUUCAUCCCAAACGAAGAUUUGGGUGUUGUUUCUUUCGAAAUUUUUUAAAUGAACGAUUACGGAAUUGAUUCGAAGCAAGAAAUUCAACAAAAUCAUGGACUGAUUACUGAUUUUUACUCUCAAAAUUUUAGGGCGCAGCAGCCCUGGAGAAUGGGGACUUGUGUUCAUCUAUCCACCAUGGAUGAAGUUGAAUCUUCAGAACAGCUAAAUUCAUGUCCGUCUAAAUCGACCUCCACUAUCAUUAAUCUCUUCGAAUCGCCUACUUCGGCUUUCUUUGCAACGGAGCAAUGUAUGGGGAUUCCUCCGAUUCAAUUUCAGUCUGGUUCUUCAGCUUCCGAUUCCCUUUCCGAGAUUUUUCAAUCCUCCGGUGAGAAUUUCUCUUUUGAUCCGGCGGAGCAUAGUGGUGUAGACUCUGAAUUGAGUAACACCUUGCAAUCGGUAGUAAAAUCUCAACUCUGUAAGAGAAGUUUCAAUGGCUUUCCGAAGACUAAUUUCGCUGACCACAAGGUGUUCGAUGAAAGUUCCCUUACAUUCAAGAAGCAUUAUUCAGUUCCUUUCAAAGACCAAUCAGGGUGUUAUAAUUCAAUUGCACAGCCAAGUUUUUGUUCAAACUCUCCUAGAUUCUCUAGCUUGAGUGGUUCUGUUGGAUCUGGAAGUUCUUCAUCUUCCUUCAGUGGGAAUGGAUUCACAACCAAAACAAGAAUCAGAUGGACACAGGAUCUGCAUGAGAAAUUUGUUGAUUGUGUUAAUCGUCUUGGUGGUGCAGAGAAGGCAACGCCUAAAGCAAUAUUGAAGCUGAUGGAUUCAGAGGGAUUGACCAUAUUCCAUGUGAAGAGUCAUUUGCAGAAAUAUCGGAUAGCAAAAUACAUGCCAGAAUCUGCAGAAAGGAGGUCUGAUAGAAGGAACUGCAUGAAUGAAGUUACCGAACUUGAUUCCAAAACUGCCAUGCAAAUUAAAGACGCCUUGCAAUUGCAGCUAGACGUUCAGAGGCGUCUUCAUGAUCAAUUGGAGAUACAGAGGAAGCUGCAGUUACAAAUUGAAGAACAAGGGAAACAACUCAAGAUGAUGUUUGAUCAACAACAAGAAACUAACAAAUGUUUCUUCAGAACUAAUGGAUUCAACAAACCAACUCCUAAUAACAUGUCGGGUUAUCUCGACAAUCCUCCGAUCCCGUCGACAGCACCCGACAACAUCCAAAAUGCUCAAUUCCCAUCCAAGAUAAGUUAGGCCAUGGAAAACCACCCUUUUCUUCAUCACCAUUACCAGUACAUAAACACUCAUUGGAAAGCCUUUUAUUGUGAAAAUCAAAACAAAGAAAAAAUGGGUAAAGAUUACAGAGUGUUGUUGAAUAUACAAACUUUUGGAAAGUUGAAUUGAAGAAACUAGCAAUAGGGUUUUUUUUGUUAUGUUAAUUGUCAGUUCUAAGUUGUGAAUUAAACUAUUUUACCAACAGAAUGAUAUUUGUUUAUCAUAUUUGAUGUCUUUCUCCUUC